AUGAAUACUCAUGAUCAUCAUAAAGCUUUGAAAACUUUUUACAUAUAUCAAUCAUGGAUAUUUCGUCUACUGGCACUUUGGAAAUUAUCCGAUAACGUAACGCCACGAUUUCGUCUACUGCAUAACCUUUAUUUCUAUUAUAUACUAUUUUUCUGGGUACUCUCCUUCGAUGCCAGUUGUUUUAUACAAUUUAUAACGAAUAUUACCGAUUUGAAUGAAGUAAUUAAAGUAUUUUUUAUAUUUGCCACAUCACUGGCAGUGUUGUCCAAAUUUUCCACAAUUAAAUGGAAAAAUCACCUAUACUACGAACUUGUGGAAACUAUACAUAGACCUAUGUUUCGUCCGCGUAAUAAACGUGAAGUUAAAAUGUUUAAAGACUCACAGCAACUAAGUCGUGCGGUAAGGAAUAGCUACUGCAGCAUUUCAUUGUGUGCCCUACAAGUGGUACUGGUCACACAAUAUUUUGUGGAUAAUACGGAAUUACCAUUGUCGCUAUACAAUCCAAUAAAUGUCGAUACAAAACCAAGAUAUCUAAUGAUGUAUUUAUAUCAAUACAUAGCCGUGUCUAUAUGUUGUUAUAUGAAUAUAGCAUUUGAUUCGUUAUCGGCUUCAUUUCUUAUACACAUUAAAGGACAGUUGGAUAUUUUAUGUGAUCGUUUAGAGAAUUUGGGCUCAGAGGAUGAACACAAAAUAGUAGAUGAUAAUAACAUAACUAUAAAAUUAAAAGAUUGCAUUAAGUAUUAUGAAGAAAUUGUCAGAAUUACAAGUAUUGUGGAAAAUCUGAUCAGUUUACCCAUUUCCAUACAAAUAGCAUGUUCGGUUUUGGUAUUAGUGGCAAAUUUUUAUGCUAUGUCUUUUCUUUCCGAUCCCGGUGAUUAUGCGAAUUUCAUAAAGUUUUUAAUUUAUCAAUUGUGCAUGUUAUCACAAAUCUAUAUACUUUGCUAUUUUUCCAGUGAGGUUACCUUUAAGAGUCAAGAGAUUUCAUAUUUUUUAUAUUGUUCAAAAUGGGUGGAAUGGAAUAAACUUAAUCGCAAAUUGACUUUACUAAUGAUGACACGUUUUGAUUUACCCAUCGUUAUUAGAUCGGUUAAUCCAACGUACACUUUUAAUUUGGCAGCAUUUACAUCGAUUGUCAAUUCUUCAUAUAGCUACUUUGCUUUGUUGAAACGUAUAAAUAGUUAA